CUUCCAUCUCCCUUGGGUUCGGCCAUCUAGAUCUUAAGUAGUCAUGGGUUCAUCGAGAUCUUGAAGUGGUGAUUGGUUGACUACUGGAGCAAUCUGCUUACGUGAGAUCAUUAAUUCGACUGUUGUUACCGACUGUUUAUUUCUUGCUUUAAGGUUGGUUUGAAAGCCUGCAAAUUUGCCACACUUCCAGAGAAAUUGCUUUGUAAAUUGGUGGAUUAAACUCAUCAAGUUUGUCUGAUGGCAGCCAUACUGGUUUCUCUUGUCGGAUCAUGUGCCAAAAGAUUGCAAGAAAUAAUUACAGAUGAGGCGGUUCUUAUUCUAGGGGUAAAUAAAGGUCUUAGAGACCUGCAGCGAACAAUGACUCAAAUACAAUGCUUUCUCAAUGAUGCUGAAGAAAGGAGGACAGAAGAGUCAGCAGUCAACAAUUGGCUUGGUGAGCUGAAAGAUGCUAUGUAUUAUGCUGAUGACAUUAUUGACUUGGUGAGAUUUUUUUUUUCAAGAGUACGCCAAAGGCGUACCAUAUUUUUAUAGAAGGCAGAAGACAAUUACAAGAAGCUACAACUCGUUGCGAACAACAAGUGUAGUCAAACACCACAUCCAAGCUAAUCCGAAGAAAAGCCUCCGCACACAUUACAUACACAACGCAAAAGGCGCCUGCCCUAACCAGAGCAACAUGGCCGCGUCGCGACCCACACCGAUCAUCUCGAAGAGCAACAACUCCAAUUGGACUACCCUAGUCGACGCACCAACCACCCUUGAAUGCCGAAGGACUUGGUGAGAAUUGAAGGAGGCAAGUUACUAGCUGAACAUAAUUCCUCAUCAACAAAGGCAACUGAAUGUGGUGGAAUUUCAUUUUUCACAUGCAUUCCCAGUUGUAAGAAGCGUCAUGAUAUUGCCAUAAAAAUCAGAGAUUUUAAUGGAGAACUCGAGAAGAUUUCAGAGUUGGGAGCAAAAAUUUUAAAACUCCAGAGUAUGCAGCAUAAAGCGGAAGCUCCACUGGUGAAGCAGAUGAGAACUUGCCACCUUGUGGAGCCGAAUCUUGUGGGAAAGGAAACUUUACAUGCUUGCACAAGAUUGGUUGAACUGGUGCUUGGACAAAAGAAAAAGAAGGCCUACAAGGUUGGUAUUACUGGAACAGGAGGGGUUGGGAAGACAACUCUGGCUCAGAAAAUAUAUAAUGACCAAAAAAUAAAAGGAGCAUUUAGCAACCAAGCAUGGAUUUGUGUUUCUCAGGAGUACUCUGAAGUCGCUCUAUUGAAAGAAGUUCUUCGAAAUUUUGGUGUACAUGAAGAGCAAGGUGAAACUGUGGGAGAGCUCAGCAGCAAGCUUGCAGAGGCCAUUCGAGGAAAAAGUUUCUUCCUUGUGCUAGAUGAUGUUUGGCAGCCUCAGGUGUGGACCAAUCUACUGAGAGUUCCAUUACAUGCUGCUGCAACCGGAGUAAUUCUAGUAACCACUCGACAUGAUACAGUUGCACAUGUAAUUGGGGUGGAAGAUGUGCAUCGAGUAGAGUUGAUGGCAUUAGAUGUAGGAUGGGAACUGCUUUGGAAGAGUAUGAACAUUAAUCAAGAAAAUGAUGUGCAAAACCUUAGGCAUAUAGGGCUGGAAAUUGUUCGUAAAUGUGGCGGACUUCCUCUUGCAAUCAAAGUUACUGCUAGUGUUCUAGCAACUAAAGCAAAAACUCAGAAUGAGUGGAGAAAGAUUAUGGAGAGAAGUGCAUGGUCUAUGGGCAAUCUUCCAACCGAGCUCAAUGGUGCUCUGUAUUUGAGUUACGAUGAUCUGCCACGGCAUUUGAAGCAAUGCUUCCUCUAUUUGAUCUUAUACCCAGAAGAUCAAUACAUGUACCGAGAUGAUCUUAUCAGGCUGUGGAUUGCUGAAGGCUUUGUUGAGGAGCAUAAAGAACAACUUCUGGAAGAUACAGCUGAAGAAUAUUACUAUGAGUUGAUAUAUAGGAAUCUACUGCAACCAGACCCUUUACGUUUUGACCGCAGCAUGUGCAAAAUGCAUGAUCUCUUGAGACAAAUUGCUCAGCACUUUUCAAGAGACGAAAAUUAUUGUGGCGACCCACAAUCAUUACAGGUUACAACCUUGUCCAGGCUACGGCGUGUUUCAGUUGUCACUGACAAGGAUUCUUUAAUGCUGCCCAAUGUGGACAACGAGAAGAUUAGAGCAAGGACACUGUUAAUUCAUUCCACUAAGAAAUUGAGAGUUGAAAAUACAGUUUUCAAGAGGCUUCCAUGCAUCAGAGUUUUAGAUCUGACUGGUUCACCUAUAAAAAGUAUUCCAGAUUGCGUUGGUAGUUUGAUCCAUCUACGACUUCUUGAUCUGGAUGAGACAGCCAUAUCUUGUCUUCCAGAGUCCAUCGGUUCUCUGAUAAAUCUUCAGAUACUGAACUUGCAAAGGUGCAAAGCUCUGCACAGCCUUCCUUCGUCGAUCACACAGUUGUGCAAUUUAAGGCGCCUUGGUCUUGGUGGCACACCAAUAAAUCAGGUGCCAAAAGGGAUAGGUAAACUAGAAUUCCUCAAUGAUCUGGAAGGAUUUCCUAUUGGUGGUACAAGUGAUGGCGCUAAUACACAAGAUGGAUGGAAGUUGGAAGAGUUGGGGCAUCUUUGGCAGCUAAGGCAGCUUGACAUGAUCAAAUUGGAAAGAGCAUCCCCUAGCACGACAGAUUCUCCAUUUUUAAGAGACAAAAAGUAUCUCAAAUUUCUGACUCUAUGUUGCACUCAACGGAAGGAAGAACCAAAUUCACAAGAUAUCAGCAAUAUUGAGGACAUUUUUGAGCAGCUAAUCCCUCCACACAACUUGGAAAAACUUGUUAUUGAUGAAUUCUUUGGUCGAGGGUAUCCCACCUGGCUUGGUACUAGUAUCCAUUUGUCUUCAACAACAUACUUGAACCUUACUAAUUGCAAACACUGUGUCCAUCUUCCACCACUAGGGCAGCUGGCCAGCCUGAAAUAUCUAAAAAUUGCUGGAGCAACUGCAGUUACCAAGAUUGGACCUGAAUUUGUUGGAUGCGGGGAGGGUAAUCCCACCUUCCCCAAGCUCGAAUACCUCGUCUUCAAAGAAAUGCCCAACUGGAGCGAGUGGUCCUUUGUUGAAGAAGAAGAAGAAGAAGAAGAUGCAGUGGCAGCAGCUACAGAAGGGGGAGAGACCGAGACGUCUCCCCCGAUGCAGCUGCUGCCAUGCCUGAAGAGGUUGGAGCUUCUUGGCUGCUCCAAGCUGAGAGGUCUCCCACGACAGCUUGGACCGGAGGCCACCAACCUGAAAGAGCUCUUUAUUAUUGGAGCAAGCUGCUUGAAGGCAGUGGAGGAACUCCCUUUCGUGGAGAGCUUCUUGAUCUCGGGAUGUCAUCAAGUCCUGGAGAGGCUCUCGAACCUUCCUCGACUGAGAGAGCUACGCAUAAACGAUUGCCAAACAUUGAGGCGUGUCGAGGCGCUGGCAAGCUUGCAGCAGCUGUGGUUGACAGAGAAUAUGCUGGAGAUCUCUUCUUUACUGUGGGUGCCAGGGCUGCAACAACAGCGCCGUCAGCUUGACGGCCAUGGGGAAGACCCGCUGGAUGUCUACCAAUGGGCAAUGCCUCUAGUAGAUUAGAUGCCCAAAUUUAUGGUGGCAUCUGAAGGAACAUGCUGAGGUAUGACCAUUUACUGACAGGCAGUUUGGAUUAUUUGAUGCUCUGCUUGGACUCAUAAUGUCCGCGCUCAGUUUCAUCGUACCAUUUGUGUUGUCAAGUAACAAGUUUUUGUUUGCAAGCGACAUUCAGGUUUCCUCUUUCGUGCGUUUUGUCCUGAAUUUUGAAGCUCUCGAUGGACAGUGUAAUAGAAUGGAGAUUUAUGAAUUUAUCUCUAGAGCCACAUAUUCAAAUGGCGGUGUUGCUAUCAUGUAACUGAACCAAGUAUCUCGGAUUAUCUGAAUGCACGUCUUUUCUUCAUACAUAAUAAUUUUGCUUGAUUGAGACCGUGCUUAUUUAUU